UUUGGGACUACUGCUGCUUCUGCUGCUACCUGCAGAGACCCCGCCUCCUUCGCCGUCAAUUUAUUUCCGGCUGGCGUUCAGUUUUUGUCUCGUCCCCUCAAUUUAACAACAAGGGGUUUUUACAUCGGCAAAGUCACACAUAUCCCAGUCAUGACUUCCUCGGACGGACAGCGGCCCCCGGCCCUGGGCCAUGACGCGAUCGAGCCCAGCGAUCCGGCACCGCCCCAGUACGCACUGUCUAAGCAGAACAGCUCCGGUACGGACGAGAAGAAGGGCUCGGUGCCGGUCGAGCAAUAUGGCGUCGAUGCCGAGAAGCAGAGCGAGUCGGUCGGCUCACUCGACGCCAGACCCAACCCCGAGCGCCAGACGAGGCCCAUUGUUGCGCUCUGGCAACGGCAUUGGAAGAAGGUGGCCCAGCUGGUCACCUUCAUGGUCUUCACCGCAUGGUGGAUCUACGGCCUCGUCUUCCAUCGCCACACCAAAGGCAAGGGCUGGCUGAUUCCGUCCCUCAUUUACAUCGCCAUCCUCGUGCGCCUCAUCACCUUGCACAUCCCCUCCAAGCUGUUCCUGCGCCCUGUGCGCUUCGUCUGGCUCAACACCGUCGUCCGCGUCUAUGACCUCAUCCCCGACAAGCUGCACCAGCCGCUCGCCGGCCUCGGCACUUUUGCCGUCUUCCUCGUUGGCAGCUUUGUUCCCGAGGAGACGGGAGACAACACCAGGGCAAACCGAGCCAUCUCCAUCUUUGGCUUCCUCGUGAUGCUCGCCGUGCUCACCGUCACCUCGCGCAACUGGCGCAUCAUCCCCUGGCACACCGUCAUCGGCGGCAUGUUGACCCAGUUCAUCAUGGCCGUCUUUGUCCUGCGCACCAAAGCCGGCUACGACAUCUUCAAGUUCAUCUCAGACAUGGCUCGCCAGCUUCUUGGCUUCGCCGCCGACGGUUUGUCCUUCUUGACCGACGACGACUUUGCCCACAGGUCCUGGUUCUUGACAGGCGUCGUGCCGGCCAUCAUCUUCUUCAUUGCUCUCGUCCAGAUGCUCUACUACCUCGGGUUCCUGCAGUGGUUCAUCGCCAAGUUCGCCGUCUUCUUCUUCUGGAGUCUCAAGGUGUCGGGCGCCGAGGCGGUCGUCGCUGCCGCCACGCCGUUUAUCGGCCAGGGCGAGUCGGCCAUGCUCAUCCGCCCCUUCAUGGACCAUUUGACCAUGGCCGAGAUCCACCAGAUCAUGACGUGCGGCUUCGCCACCAUCGCCGGCUCCGUCCUCGUCGCCUACAUCGGCAUGGGCCUGAACGCCCAGGCCCUCGUCUCGAGCUGCAUCAUGUCGAUUCCCGCAACCCUGGCCGUGUCCAAGAUGCGCUAUCCCGAGACGGAGACACCCUUGACGGCCGGCAAGGUCGAGGUGCCCAAGAACGAGGACGAGGAACACACCGUCAAUGCGCUGCACGCCUUCACCAACGGCUCCUGGUUCGGUCUCAAGAUCGGUGCCACCAUUGUCGCCUGCUUGCUCACCAUCAUCGCCUUUGUCGGCUUGAUCAAUGGCCUGCUGGGCUGGUGGGGCGGGUACUGGGGUCUCGGCACCGGCGACAAGCCCACGCUGUCUCUGGAGCUCAUCCUCGGUUACAUUCUCUAUCCGGUUGCCUGGCUGCUGGGCGUGCCAAAGAACAAUCUCCGCCAGGUUGGUGAGCUCAUCGGCAAGAAGAUCAUCAUCAACGAGUACGCCGCCUUCAAUGCCCUCGUGUCGGAUAAGCGUUACAUGGAGAUGGCGCCUCGUUCCAAGCUGAUUGCUACCUACGCCUGCUGUGGCUUCGGAAACAUUGGCUCGCUCGGAAUCCAGAUCGGUAUCCUGUCACAAAUCUCGCCCAAACGCGCCGGUGAUGUCGUCAGAGUCUCCAUCUCGGCAUUUCUCUGCGGUGUUCUGUCUACCUUGACCUCAGCCAGCAUUGCUGGUAUGUUGUUUAACGAUACGAUGCUCUAAGGACGGAAGAAGGGGAAACCGGCGUUCGAUACACAACCUUUUACUUCAGUUCAUUUACUCCCAAGAGGGGGGGAGGGUUCGAUCAACCUGAUAAGCAGCAUCAAGAGUGUCUUGAGUUUCGUUCUUCAGCGCAU